GUUUUGAUAUUUUAACCUGCGUGUCGUGAUCUCGUUUGGUGUGGGGGGACAAAAUAAAUGUAUGCACUAUGGCGCACGAUGGUUUGGGAGCAGCCAGUUUGGGUUCUGCGUAAUAGGUUAAGUUCCGCUGUCUGCAUGUGUGUCUCCCGCCGUCUGUGAGUCCUUGUGUCACCUGCCUCGCAAGUGCGACAGUCAGGUGCAUGCAUGAGUGAUUGAAGUUGAAUGAUGCAGGUUAAACAGCGGCAAGGAAGCGAGAAGGCUAACGUGAACCUUCAGCUCUGCCUGGAAAAUGUACAUUCCAGGACUCGAGGCUCACCAAAGACAUUUACAAAGACUGGCUUGUUAAAGAUCCGCGGGACGAAGAGCCUGCAACAAAUCAAUAAAAGUGCACGCCAUGGGCGAAGCAGCUGUGACAAGCCAUGCUGCUGGAGCAUCACACAUGACUGCACAAGUUAAAAGCAGUUCCCAUUCUAUUGAACUAAGUGGGAAAAGUUAUCGUCAUCUACAUCUACAUCCUAGACAUCUACAUCCUAGACAAUCUUCUACAACUACUACCACCACCACCUCAAGACAGUCUGUCAUAACUGGCGUUCCCAAAGAGGACACAUUGCGGGCUCAGACAUUGUGGUGUCUGAAUAUGAUGGUCUCACUACUCUUUCCACUCUAGUGAACGCACGGGUGUGCUGUUCUUAGUGAUGUUCCCAGACAGUGCAAUAGCCAAGACCUUCGCAUGCGGGGCAACAAAGACCAGCUAUGUGUGCACAGAUGGCUUGGCUCCUCAUUUCAGGCAUUUGUUGUCUAAAAAACUGCUGGGGAGGAGGACUAUGUACUUCUCUUUGAUGAGAGCCUUAACAGAAAAACAGUCAAAGCAGUGUGACACGCCCAUUUAUGGGAUGAGGACAAAGUUGUGACAAGAAUUUAUGAUUCUAAAUUCAUGGGACAUGCGACUGCUUUGGACCUUAAAGCUGUCUAUGAGAAGAGCACCGAAGAUCUACCAAAGAAAAUCAUGCUUCAGAUCUCCAUGGGUGGACCAAAUUUCCUGGUGUGUAAGCGCAAGUUGGAGAGCAAGAAGGAGGCCCUCCUGAUUCUGUCCAAGGAGCUGGAUACCUGUCAACAGGAGAGAGACCAAUACCAGCUGAUGGCCAACCAGCUCCGAGAACGCCACCAAGGACUCAAGAAGAAGUACAGGGAACUCAUAGAUGGAGACUCCAGUCUACCACCUGAAAAACGAAAUCAAUUGAAUUUGGCCCAGCUGUUGAGAGACUCCAGAGAAAGGAGUAAGCAGCUGUCUGAAGAGGUGAAGGAGCUGAGUCAACGACUGGCUGAGGCCCAGGGGGAUAACAAGCUCCUGCGGAUGACCAUAGCCAGACAGAGGUUGGGGGAUGAAGAGGUGGGGGCAAGGCACUUCCAGGCCUAUGAGCGGGAGGACCUGGUCCAGCAGUUGGAGAUGGCACGAGAGCAGAAUGAGGAGCUGGAGCACAGUGUGAAAUCUCUGACGGACGAGCUGCAGGAUGUGAGGGCGGAGCGUAACGUGUUCCAGGAAAAGGCCCAGCGGCUGAACCACGAGGUGAACCACAUCUUGGGGGGACACGAGUGUCGGAUUCUAGACGUAGAUGCACUCUGCAUGGAGAACAGAUAUUUACACGAGCGGUUCAAACAACUGCAGGAGGAGGUCACCAUGCUCAAAACGAAUGUCAUGAAGUACAAGAGUGCUCUGGAGAGCAGGAAGAACUCCAAGACUUAUGGCAAAUCUAACAGCAGUGCACUCACUGGGGUGCUCUCUGCCAAACAAGUGCAGGAAUUAUUGCUUUCUGAGGACCAUGGAUGCAGUCUCCCCGUCACGUCUCAGUCCAUCUCAGACCUCAAGUCCCUGGCCACAGCCCUACUGGAAACUAUCCAUGAGAAGAACCUGGUCAUUCAGCACCAGCGCCAAACCAACAAGAUUCUGGGAAACCGAGUAGGGGAGCUUGAGAAGAAACUGAAGACUCUAGAGGUGUCGGGACUAUGGAGCCUCCCAGGCCUGACUUACAAUGUGUCUCUGGGAUUCUCUGGAAGAGGGAGAGAUGCCAUCAUCCUGAAUGAAACUCUGCAGCCUAGCUCCACUGUGACAAGCUCUGAGGAGAAGGAAGUACCAUCCAAUGAACAGGAAGUACCCCCUACUGAUCAUGAAGUACCCCCUACUGAGCACGAAGUAACCCCCCAUGAGCAGGAAGUACCUCCCACUGACCACAAAGUACCCCCUACUGAGCAGGAAGUACCUUCCACUGUGCAGUCUACCAUAGGUAAAUUAGAUAAUUACAUAGAGCAGAGGAUGACAAGGUAGCCAAUGACAGGCAGAUCCCCCCCCGUCCCAAGAUGUGGGCUUGUUACCCAGUGUGACGGGGGAUACAGAGAUGAGCACCAAGGAGCCAGUGUCACCAGCCAGCCUGGAUACAUCCAAGCAAAACUAGACAUGCAAAACUGCUGAGGAAGUCACUGACUGUUCUCAAGCAGAGACAAUAAACCUGGAUGAAUGUCAGACUGUCGACCAAUCACAAAGUGCAAAUGAGGUCACGGUGCUUCCAAGGUACCAAUUAGACGAGACUGUAGGCGGGACUCCAUCCCCUUCCUCAGGGCCAGACUUGGACAUCUCCUGCCCUGUAAGACAUAUGCCACCUAUCAGAGCCUCUAAAGGACAAAAAACCCACCCAGAGAGAGGCGAGUUGGUCAGAUGACGACAUCUUAAGGGUGGGGUCUGAGGAGAUUGACAUGGCAGAGGGCUCUAUGACAGAAGACACUAAUCUUCCAUCCUCAACCUGCAGCUCUCCUAUUCAAACAAGUCCCACCCACGGGGAGAAUAACCAAUCACACCACAAGGCAGAACAUUCAGAAGAUGUGAGGGUCGAGUGCUUAACGAAUAAGGAGUCAGAAAUCCUUCCCUUGAACAUUAGUCACUCAAAUGCUGAAUGUUCAGACCAGGAUGGGAAAACAGUGAAGAAUGACAGCUACUUCAGCCAAAACCAUGCCUAGAUUGACACUAAUAGAAUGGGUUUCGAUACUCCUGGGGGUGCAUUCUGUAAGAUGUCGUACUGCUUACUGGUGAUUCCAAGCUCCCAACAUUUCUGAAAGCGAUAUUACUCUGCUACUGUUGCUCUAACGUGGAAUUGAACCCUUCUAUUCAGUGGUUGAAGCUGGCCUGGACUGACCAAUACAGAGAACCUACUAGCUUAUAUGUUCUACUGCUUGAGUACUGGCAACUCUUAUAGAAUACCAUCUCUAAAAUGCAAACCUUGUCUAGUUAACGCAAAUUAAAGUGAGUACCAGCACUCUUUUUCAAUGCACCUCCGAGUUCUAUUGAUAACAUUUCUAAUAGUGUCACUCUGAAAUCUUAUGGAUUGCACCCACACAGCUCUUUCCAUCAGUUGUUGGAGGGGAGAGGAAUAGUUAUUUAAAGGCCCAAUGCAGUAGUUUUAUCAAAUUAUUUCUGGAAAACAAUUACCUUACUAUAAUAGAUUUCCAUUAAAAUGUCAAAAUAAUGAUUUUUUUUGUUGCAAAAAAUGAUUUCUCAAGCAAGCAUUUUGCUAGGACUGUCUGGGAGUGGUGUGAGUGGGGAGGGGAAAACUGAAAUCUAGCUGUUAUUGGCAGUGAUGUUUGUAACGCUUUGGUCUAUUAACCAAUUUACAGCAUGGUGACAUCACCAUGGAAAGCCGAAACUCCCGCCCAUGCAAACCUGCUGAUUUAUAAGGUCCUGUGUAGUUGCUGGUUGAAAAUACAUUAUAUCAGGAAAUAACACUGAUCAAAUGUUUUCACACUUUUACAGUGUUCAUUUCAUCAGCUGUUGUACAAUGCGAUAUAAAGAAAACAGGUAAAAUUGCAUUUUGACUGCAUUGGGCUUUAAGAGUAUUGAAACAUGUAAUGAGUUGCAGGUAAAUCCAUUUGAAUUCAAUCACUUUUUGACAGCAUCCCUUUUCAUUUAAACAAAACUUUCCAUACAUGUUUGCCCUUGGAAGAAGUGGUCAGAAAGUGACUUUUUGGACCUGAAGGCCAAAACAAUCAGGAGAUAAAGGUGCUCAAAGUUGACCUAUUUUGCAUACCCCACCAUACCAUGAGACAUUCAUGUCUUCAUCACUGGAAAAGAUAAAAAGCUGAGUUUGAAAUAAUUUAAAAGCUUACAAACAGUGUUGUCAACUUAUUUUCUUAUUUAUUGGAGUGCAAAACAACUUAAUAAAGAAAUUCAUUUUUAAAA